AUGGCCGCAAUUCCGCUGCAACAAGCCGGUGCCGACGGGAAAUACGACUCGGAGAGCAGCUCAGAGCAGCCAGCAUCGAACUACCGGACCUUUGGGCGGCAGAAACCACAGCACAAAGCAAGAACAGGAGGAGCGUCAGUCCGCUCUGAAGCCCGACAACAGCAAAGGCCGCCAUCCGACGACGACUCAUCCACCGCGGUUGAGAUUGACGCUGCUGGCCAUGCAGGCGCCUUGCGUGCCGCCCAACCCGCCAGGGAUGGAGGCGCCAGAAACGACACGGGGCUCUUCACCCAGGCCUUCAAGAACGACCCGGAAGACGCUGCAAAGCGCUUCGACGCCGUCGUCGAGGGCUGCACAUCACCACCUGCUGCCACCCGCGCUCGCCAUUCUACCUUACCAACGGGCAGAUGA